ACGGCGUUACCGAGAGCUGCGCCUGCUUCACACUAGAGACGAGCAGAGAGCCGCGUCCAGACGACUCGCUGAGGGAAUACCUGCGAACACGCGCUUGUUGACUUUUCCUACACCUGGGACAGGAACCUGCUGGAACGCGCACACGGUUUUUAUCCAAGAUGCUGAUGCUCACUGUUGUUGUCGCCUUCCUCGGAAGCCUCGGCUUGGUCCUCUCCUCCUCCUCCCCCUCCUCAUCCUCGUGCCCCGCCGUGUGCGAGUGCCCGCUGGAGAUGCCCAAGUGCGCGCCCGGCGUGAGCGUCGCGCUGGACGGCUGCGGCUGCUGCAAAGUCUGCGCCCGGCAGCUGAACGAGGACUGCAGCCUGACGGAGCCCUGCGACCACACCAAAGGGCUGGAGUGCAACUACGGAGCCAGCUUCACGGGCGCCACCGCUCGUGGCAUCUGCCGAGCCAAGCUGGAGGGCCGGCCCUGCGAGUACAACAGCCGGAUCUACCAGAACGGAGAGAGCUUCCAGCCCAACUGCAAGCACCAGUGCACGUGCAUCGACGGGGCCGUGGGCUGCGUCCCGCUCUGCCCCCAGGAGCUCUCCCUGCCCAACCUGGGCUGCGCCAACCCCCGGCUGGUGAAGGUGGCCGGCAAGUGCUGCGAGGAGUGGGUGUGCGACGACGGCAGGGACACCGACGUCCUGGAGAAGAUAUUUGGGAAAGAGCUACUGGCCGACGAGCUGGAACGAGACCUGACCAACAGGAACGAGCUCAUCGCAAUAGUCAAGGGCGGACUCAAGUCUCUACCUGCAUUCAGACCACAGCCCGAGGUCCACAUGUUUGACAGUCAGAAGUGCAUCAUUCAAACCACGCCCUGGUCCCCGUGCUCCAAGAGCUGCGGAACCGGCAUCUCCUCCAGAGUCACCAACAACAACGCUGAGUGCAAGCUGGUCAAAGAGACCCGAAUCUGUGAAGUGCGACCGUGCACCCAGUCGCCCUACUCCAGUCUGAAGAAAGGAAAGAAGUGCAGCAGAACCAAGAAGUCCAGUCAGCCCGUGAAGUUCACCUACGCCGGCUGCUCCAGCCUGAAGAAGUACCGGCCCAAGUACUGCGGCGCCUGCGUGGACGGCCGCUGCUGCAGCCCCCACGACACCAGAACCAUCCGCGUCAAGUUCCGCUGCGAGGACGGCGAGACCUUCAACAAGAACGUCAUGAUGAUCGAGUCCUGCAAGUGCACGUACAACUGCCCCCACGCCAGCGAGGCCGCCUUCCCCUUCUACCGCCUCUCCAACGACAUCCACAAGUUCAGGGACUGAUCGGCCCAGAGCCGCGGUCUGCGUCAUUGGCAGCCAAUGGCAGUGCAGAUGAAUGCAGGGGUUCCAACAGACCACCAAUCAACUGCCAGCUUCUUGUUGUAACUAGAUUCCCAAGGAAUUGUGGGCUUACAUCACGAGGACUUAUUGAAGUGCACUGUUUGCUGCGACGACGGCAGCAUUCUGAAUAAGAACUGCUUCAUAUUAAUGGAGCCUAUCGAGUAGCUUCGUUAUGGAGCCGGUUGUAAUUAAGAUUUGUACAUGUAAGUUAGUCGCUGAUAUCAAUUCACUGUGUAUAUUUUGAUCCUUUGCAUCAGACGUGACCCAGACUCCAGAUAUGUGGAUAUGCACAUGCGCAACUUCAAUUAGUCUAACGUCCUGUAUCUUAGGAGCAAGACGCAGAAACCCAAGUGUAACCUAUGGACUUGUUUGACAAGUGUGCAGUUUCAUUCCUUCCUGACGUGGGCAUUACUGUUCAUGUUUACUGGCAGCUAUCGAUCCCUUCACGAAAAAGACAAAGCAGAACAUCAAAAGGAUGAAUGAAUGUUUGGAUUAUUGUUAUUAAUAUUAUUUAUCAAAAGCCGUAGCUUCUUUAUUUGGAUAUUAUGUGUCAUACUGGAAUAAAUUGUAAAAUGAUUUAAUUUUAUAUGCUACAAAUUAAACAGUUUAUUUAUAAAGGA